UGUGUAUAUGUUUUUAUAUAUUUGUAUAUAUUUAUAUAUAUAAAUAUAUUUAUGGUUUUGUCUUGUGGGUACUGUGGUUGUCUUGUGUUUGUAUGUGUUUUACAGGUUCACUUGUGCUUCCCUCACAGGUGUUCCUGUUCAGUUUGAUUGCCUCCUCUCGUCUUCCUCACCUGUUGCUUGUUUUCCCGUCAUCAUGUCUGUGUAUUUAAGCCCUGUGUGUUUGUUUGUUCCUUGCAAGUUCGUUUGUCAUAGUUUGUUGAGAUACUCGCCUGUCACUUUGUCUUUAUACUAGUCUGUCACAGUGUAUGUUCUUGCCAUUUCUAGCUACGCUAGUUCCUAGUCGUGUUUUGUGUCUGUUUCUUGUUGUGGAAUUAUCUCUCCUACCCCAGUCUGUGCUCUCUGCUACCCGGGAGUUUUUCUGUGGACUCUGAUUACUCGACGGCUCUCAGAGACUGUUUCUCACUCACCAGUUACGGACCACUCUCCUUCUGCCUGCUUAACUGCCUGCCUGUUUUAUUGACUGCCUUUUGUGCUUACAGCAGCGCACACUCGCCGCGGCAUUGCCGCUGUCCAGUAGGAGGGUCCUUCAGCACUGAAGCUGCACGGCUUCUCCCUUCAGCACCACUAACGCUCUCUCUCUGCCCGCCACAGGAUCUCCUCUUCCAUCUGCCUCGAGUGCCUGUAGUCAGACUGUCAUCUGGCCUUUUGUGGUUGGCCCCCACAUAUACUCUCUCCCACCGUUCGCUGUCUGGCCGGAGCCCGAACGUGUGUGGCUCUCCUCCCCGGUGCUUGUGUGUGCUCCCCGCCUCAGCCGUCUGCCCCGGUGUGGCUUUAUGCCCAGACGCGCAAUUGUCUGUUUACCCACAUUAUUAUUUAAAUAAAACCUUCUGUUUACUGCAUUGGGAUCUUCUCUGUUUUCUUGAGUCCUGACAGAACGAACUUGCCAUAAAUGGAUCCCGCAGAUACAGAAUCUGGCUGUUCAGCGACCGCUCAGCUCUCCACUACUGCCCAGGAGGAGGAUUCGGCCUUCACUGCCCACCGUAACCACCAUGCCCGUUUACUCUUUGGCAUGCGGCAGAGAGGAGCAGAGAUCCGGUCCUUCGCCUCCAAGUUCUUGGAGGAGGCUCGUCUUGCCGGUCUUAGCGGGAACGAGCUAAAGGUCAUCUUCUAUGCCUGUCUCGAUGAGCCUCUCAAAUCCAGUGAGGUGGAGUUGCUCAAGCCCUUAGACUUCGUUGACAUGGUGAGCUACGUCAUGAACAGGCCCGAACCCAAGUCCAGACCUCUGUCACCUGUCCCAGAGGGCCGCGUUGUCGGGAGGAUGGUCCUGGAGAGCUCAGCACCCACCACAUCUAGCUCCAUAAGCUCCGCCCCGCCAGCCAGCCUUCGGGGUAGUCGUCUGGCGAUAAGGGGAAGGGGCAUUCAGACCGGGGCGAUCAGGUUGGGGAGGUCGACUUUCAUCUCUCCAGCGCCGGAGCCUACGCCCGCACCCGAUCUCCUUCCUGCAUUACCGGUCUCCGGACGGAGGAAGAAGAGGAAGAAGGACUCCUCCGCUCUUCAACCAGCUGCCACCCCUCAGUUCUCUGAGAAGCCUCCGCUGCAGCCCCUGCCGUCUGCGCAGCCUCCGCUGCAGCCCCUGCCGUCUGCGCAGCCUCCGCUGCAGCCCCUGCCGUCUGCGCAGCCUCCGCUGCAGCCCCUGCCGUCUGCGCAGCCUCCGCUGCAGCCCCUGCCGUCUGCGCAGCCUCCGCUGCAGCCCCUGACGUCUGCGCAGCCUCCGCUGCAGCCCCUGACGUCUGCGCAGCCUCCGCUGCAGCCCCUGACGUCUGCGCAGCCUCCGCUGCAGCCCCUGACGUCUGCGCAGCCAACCGCAGCAGCUUUUGUCUCUGUCCCGUCUCCGCUGCCGUCCGCAGCGGCCCCUGCCACUGUCCCUGUCUCGUCUCCGCUGCCGUCCGCAGCGGCCCCUGCCACUGUCCCUGUCUCGUCUCCGCUGCCGUCCGCAGCGGUUCCUGCCACUAUUCCUGUCUCGCCUCCGCAGCCGUCCGCUGCGCCCCCUGUCACAGUCUCCAUGUCGUCUUCGCUGCCGGAUGCGGCGCCCCCUGUCAUUGUCACUGUCUCCAUGUCGUCUCCGCCGCCAGACGCGGCGCCCCCUGUCAUUGUCCCUGCCUCGUCUCCGCUGCCGGCCGCAGUGCCCCCUGUCACUGUUCCUGUUUCCCCUCAACCUGUAAACCCUGACCUAGUUGUUCCUGCCUUGCCCCAAGCUGUUUCCUCCCCACGGAACCCUGUUAGGCCUGCCCGGCCUCCACGUACCCAACCCUCAGCUACUCCCCGGGGUCAGAAGGCUCGCCCAGUUCCCAGUCCCAUCCCUCCUCCUGUGAACGUUGUUGUUCCCCCGCCCCCCCCUCCCUUGUUUGUUGUUCUUGUUGUCCCACCCGAAUCCUCUAGUUGUCCUGUCUUGUCUUCCCUUGUUAGUGUUUGUCAUGUUUUCGUGGGUGCUGUCCAGUGUCCAGUCUGUCUUGUCCUGUGUCUCUCCUUGAGGGCCGCCAGGUGGCGUCCCUUGAGGGGAGGGUCCUGUAAGGACUCUGCCAUAGUCUGGUUUGGUAAUUAUAUCUAGUUGUGUAUGGCAGGGUCCUGACAGUACAAUGUUUUGUGUGGGAGAGCGUGGUUUUGAUAUUGUCAUAUCAGACCACGUUUUUCCCAUGUCUUGUGACUUUUCCCCGCUCCCUUGUAUUCUCUUGUCAUUGUGUGUUAUUUUUCCCCGCUCCCUUGUAUUUUCCAGUCUUUGUCUUUUAGGUCUUGUUUAGUCUAGUGUUCUGUUUUCAUGUAUGUAUAUGUGCAUGUGGAUGUAUGUAUGUGUAUGUAUGUGUAUUUGUAUGUGUGUAUAUAUGUGUAUGUAUGU